AUGAUUAGCAGAGUUGCUGCAAUUUGGGUACUUUUUGAAGUAUUAAGUAGCAAUGAUUAGUAUAAAUUUUAGUUGCUAAAUCCCAUUUAAUUAAUAUUCAAUUUUUGACUUAGAUUGAUAUAGAAUCAUAUGGAUGUGACCAUACUAAGUUAAUAGAAACCGAAGAAGGUUUCAAUCAAUUACAUUAGACUCUCCAAUAUGUAUAGAAUGGAUAAAUUGGAGAACAUAUUAAUGAAUUGAGAGAAUUAUAAGUUUUAGUCAAAAGGGAAUUAGAGGAGUAGAAUUUUUAAACAUUUGUUUAUUUAGAGAAUUUUUAAUACUCUUAUCUACUUAAACAAAAAUCUGACUCUUUGGGACGUAUUGAUAUCACAAAUAAAUUGAUAAGUCAUCAAUUCGAGGAUAUCAGGUUUCUACUAAAUUAAAUAAUUAAGACUUUGGAUAAGCAGGAGAGAGUAAAAAGUUGUGAGAUCCUAUCAAAAAAAAUAGACAAUUUCUUAGAAGAACUUGCUGAAAUAGAAGGAGAACGCGAAAAUCUUAUUGAUAUAAAUUAUGAAGAAGUAAUCAGUAAAAUCCAAAGAAUUAGAAAUAAAUGUAAUAAUGAACCCACUAAUUAUUUGCUAUAAAGUAAAGCAGAAUAAACUCAAUUAAAAGAUAUUUUUAUUGAAUUUCCAGAUUAGAUUAAAGUAGAAAAAAUCGAUAGCAUCAAUUUAAUUGAUCUUAACUAAGAAUAAAUGGCAAGCAAACUUUGUGUAAGUGGCCAAUCCUCUAUUGUAGAUAUGUCUUCAAGCUAGACUUCAGUUUUGGAUAUAAAAGUAGAAGAUGAUAAAAUAAGAGGAGUGAAUGAAUAUGGAUAUGGUUAUUGGAUUCGGUGGCUGACACGAUGGCCCGAAUAGUAAAUGAAAGGCAUAAGCGAACCAUGGUAUUUCAUAUCAAGAUUAACUAAAAAUGAUCCUUAUGAUAAUAUAAGUAUGGGUGAUAGAGUAUUGGCCAUUUGGUUAGGAUAAGCUGGAUAUACAUUUGUUACUAAUGAUGUAAAAUCCGAAAAUCCAAAUUUGUAAAUAACAUUGCCUUAUGAAGAUAUUGAAGGAGUGUGGACAUAUAUUCAUUUUAGUUAUAAAUAAGGUUAAGCAGUUGGAAUUUUGAGAAUUGAAGAUACGACUAAAAUAGUUGCUCUUGAUGCAUUACAUGAAUAACCUAAUUUCUUAAGAUUGAUUAUAGGAGGUUCAGAUCUUAAUUAGUAUCCAGGAUUCAAUGGAUAGAUCUCAUCACCCAUAUUCAAGAUAGGUGAUGGAUCAUUUGUGAAUGCAGAAGAUGAAUUUAAUAAAUUUGUAAUGGCUUGUAACCAUAGACCAGAACCUGAUUGUAGAGAUAAAAAUGAAAUCAUAUCAUUAAGCUAAGGAAUUAAAAAAUAUGAUUCUUCUUAACCAGAAUCCUAUGAACACUUUGAUAAUUAAAAGAAGGAGUUUCCAACCUUAUAUGGCGUAGGAGGUUGGUACAAAUGGGUAGAAACAGUUUAAUAACCUGAGCACUUAGCAUUUAGAAUUACAAUUAACAAUCAGGAAACAAACAAAAAUUUGGAAUUAGGAGAUAGAACACUUGCUGUUUGGUUAAGUGAUAAAUAGUUAUAUACUUUCUCUACAUAUUCGUAUUAAAAUAUGUUCGGAGUUGGGUAAUCAAAUAUUGUUAAAAAUAUUGAUCAUAAGAAUAAACAUAUUUAAUGGCACUUUAUUUCAUUUUAAUACAUUAGAGAAACUCGUUAGGCUUCUGGUUCUAUAAUAUUUAAGGAUGAAAAAAUUGAUCUUAAAUUUGAAAAUGUAAAUCAUUAUUUAGUUCCAGUUUUUAGAAUUUUUAUUGGUAAAGAUUAGUUCUAUCCGGGAUUUAAUGGGUAUAUUGCUGACUUCAAAUAUGUCACAUGCUAAGAUCUGUAUAAUUCAUAAUUCCAUCCAUCAUAUAUGCCUGAAUUAGCCAAUCAUCUCACCCUCCCUAUUUAGAUUCCUGAGUUAAACUCUGAGUAUCAUUGUUAAAUAUCUGAUCAUACUACGGUUCAUUCAGCAUAUGAUGAUAUAUAACCAAUAGCAGUAGUUGAAGUAACAGAAAAUCUAAUCGAAGCAUAUGGAUAUUCAUUUUGGUUAAGAUAUCUAACUAGAUAUCCAAAACCAAUGUAUUAAGGAAAGACAUAGCCAUGGUAUUUUGUGAGCAGAUUAACAAACAAUUUAAAAUAUUCAGAUACAGAAAAAGGAGAUAGAUUAUUAGGGAUUUGGCAAGGCUAGGAAUUUUACGCAUUCUUUACUGAAGAUCAUAAAAACAACAAUUAGAAUCUAAAUGAGUAAAUUAAAUAUGAUGAUAUUGAAGGGGUUUGGACAUAUUUUCAUUUUAGUUACAGCAGUACUUUCAAAAAAGCUGUUGGUUUUGUAAAAUAUUCUGACUAAGAACCUUAAUCUGUUGCAAUUAAUGCAGAUCAUCAAGCUAUCAUCUAUUUAAAACUUAUUAUUGGAGGUUCUGAUCUUUCUAAAUACCCAGCUAUAAAUGGGUAAUUCACUAAGGCUACAUUUAAAAUAGGAUCUGCUGCUUUUAUUGAUACAAUAGAUAAAUUAAAUUCAUACUCUUUAGAAUGUAAUCCAUAACCAUAAGAAUGUUGUGAUUAAUAUUUGCAGCAAAUUUUUAUUUAAGAUACAUAGAAAUUUCAAGAAUAAAUGGACCCUAUACCAGAAAUACCGUCUAAUUAUUAAGAUAAAUUUCCAAAUGAAUAUAGUGUUUCCGGAUGGUUUAAAUGGGAACCCACAAGAAUGGACUAAUGGCAUUUAGCAUUUCGUUUGCAUAUUAAUAAAGGUGAAACAAACAAAAAUGAUCAAAUCUUAGGUGAUAGAACUUUAGCUGCUUGGGUCUCACCUUCAUAGGAUGGCAUCUAUGCAUUGUCUACAUACAGUUACUAAAAUUUAAACGGGAAUGGAGAACCAAAUAUUGUUCAGAUAAUUCCUUAAGAUAAACAAGAAACAAAAUGGCAUUUUAUUCUCUUUUCAUACAACAGAGUAACAAGAAUUGCAGAAGGUUAUAUAAAAUUUUAGAAUAAAUAAGAAUCUAUUCAUUUUGAUAAGAUUAAUCAUUUUUUAGUUCCUUAGUUUUAUUUGAAUAUUGGUAUAGAUAGUUUCUACAAAUCUUGGAAUGGUUAUAUUGGCAAAUUCACUAUGAAUCUUUGUGCUGAAGCAUCAAAACUUAAGUUAGAUCAAGGUAUUUUAUUUCCAAAUAUUAUAGACUACAUCAGUCCACCAGCAAUAAAUUCAUUUCCAAAUUUCUAUGUUACCGAAACUAUGGAGUAAAUAUUUUAUUUAUUUCAAUUAGAACAUGUCUAAUUAACACAAAAGUUGUUGAAAUUACCUAAGAGAAUUUAAGAAAUGUUAUUCAUGCUAUUUAAGAAGAGGAGACUUAAGAAAAGGUUUGUUUCUGUUCUUUGAUGGCUAAUUGA